GCAGUGAAGUCCGACCUCGGACUCCUGGCGGGCGACUCCGACGAUUGCUCGCCAUCGAGCUCGCGUCCAACUCUCGCCCUGAGUGUCGGACAACCGCACCCAUACCGCGACCACCGCCCUGCUCCUUUGCCCGAACGCCAGGGGCGCUGCUGGCCGCUGAUGGUGGUGUGCAAGCUGGUGCUGCUGCUGCUGCUUCUCUACCUCUUCAUCAGCUCCCUGGGCCUCCUAGCCUCCUCGUUUCGGCUCCUCGGCGGCAAAACUGCGAGCUCGGUGUUCCAGCAGUCAGCAGUGCUGGGCAACCCUGUGGUCGGGCUCAUGAUCGGUGUGCUCGUCACGGUGCUGGUGCAGUCAUCGUCCACCUCGUCUUCCAUCAUCGUCUCCAUGGUCGCCGCUGACUUCAUGGACGUGCGUACAGCGAUCCCCAUCAUCAUGGGAGCCAACAUCGGCACGUCAGUAACCAACACCCUCGUCUCCCUGGGACAGAUGGGCAACCGAGACGAAUUUGAGCGGGCGUUUGCGGGUGCCACGGUACACGACAUCUUCAACUGGAUGUGCGUGCUGGUGCUGCUCCCGCUCGAGGUGCUCACCGGUUACCUCUACACCCUCAGUAAAGCCGUCCUCGCUGCCUUCCAGUUUGAACACUCCGAAGAAGUCAAGAUCGAACUCCUCUCCAAACUCACCAAACCUUUCACUAAAAGAAUUAUCCAGUUGGACAAAAGCGUUCUAGAAGGCUGGGCUCUGAACGACCCUGCGUACAACAACGCUACUUUGCUGCGCCGUUACUGCUCCUCUGUCGUGGAUGCCAACACAACCGAAGUAGUCACUUGCAACCAUAUCGCCGCUCAGAUUCCUCUGGGAGACACCGCCAUCGGGGUGAUGCUGAUGGUCUUCUCGCUGGUCCUGCUCUGUAGCUGCCUCGUGGCCAUCGUCAAGAUCUUGGGCUCAUUGCUCAAAGGGUCCGUAGCAAACGUGAUUCAAACAGUCCUGAACGCUGACUUGCCUUACGUCCCCUGGCUCACGGGAUACCUCGCCAUUUUGGUGGGUGCCGUGAUGACCUUCUUGCUUCAGUCUUCCUCAAUCUUCACUUCAUCCUUGACACCUUUGGUGGGACUUGGACUCAUCUCAGUGGACCGUGUGUAUCCCCUCACUCUUGGUUCAAAUUUAGGAACCACUACCACGGCUCUAUUGGCUGCCUUGUCAUCGGAAGGCAACCGUCUCCACCCUGCCAUUCAAGUUGCUUUGGUCCAUCUGUUUUUCAACAUGAGUGGAAUUCUUCUUUACUACGUCAUCCCAUUUAUGCGCAUCCCCGUCCCACUGGCCAAAAUGAUGGGUAGGACUACCGCAAAAUAUCGCUGGUUCGCUGUCUUCUACAUGAUCAUCAGCUUCGGAUUAUUCCCCAUGAUGAUCUUCGCUGUAUCUCUCGGAGGUCCUACCGCUAUCUACUCUGUACUAAUUCCUCUGGGCAUGCUGCUCUUCUUUGUAAUCCUAGUCAACGUGAUGCAGGCAAAAUGCCCCAAGUGUCUUCCGUCCUGCCUGCGAUCGUGGCACUGGCUUCCACUCCCCCUCCGUUCCCUGCAGCCUUUGGAUCGAGUCUUCAGUAAAUUAGCGUGCUGUUGUUGCAAGACGAGUGAUCAGCAUUUGUACAUGCCACCUUCCGAGCGCUACGAUUUUGACGAUCAAGCAGGCAUUCAAAUCUUGGUGCAUGCUGACAAAAACAAACCAUCAAUUUUCUCAAGCAAUGAAACAUGUGCUUGAGAUGCUCCGUUGUUACGCUGCAUCAAACUGAAGUUGGCACCCAUUUACGUUAAUUAAGUUGAGCUGAACCUACAGUCAAACAGACAAGACCCUGCACUCGAGUGGUAGCAAGUUCCGUAUUAGAAUACAAAUAUUUGAUCGUUACUAUCUAAGGCGGAAUAGUUAAGCGGAGUUGUUCUUCCGCCAUUCUUCACGAAGAUCUGUACCCAGGACAUCGAAUCUUUGCUUAAAUGAAGAUCGUCGGUCUAGGCCGAUUGAACGCAAUCAUUUCACUUGCUUUGCAUUUCAAAUAAGGUUUAAGAAGUGAACAUUAUUCUCCCGUAAUUCUUUCUGCGAAGCAAUCUCAGUUUCAUUGUUAUCCCAAGAAUAUUCUGUUUCGGAGUACUCCAGUAUUCACUGUGGCUUACUGUAUACUAUAGUAUACACUGAUGUGGCUUUUUCCUCGUGCUAGAGGCUUGAUAGGUUAGUAGCCUAUUGUGACUGUGAUAGCUAAUAUUAGUGCUAAUAUACUUGAAUGCUGUGCAUAUUGAGCAAUAUUGUUCAAUACGAGUUCCUCAUGCGUAUUUAUGUUAGCAUCUUUUUUCCGCGUAAGCCAUUGCAACAUUUUAUCCCGUAAUUAUGCAGCUUUACAUAAUGAAUAUAGUGUUGUUAAAAAAAUGUAGUUCAGUACUCACUGCAGCGAGUGACAGAGAGCG